GGAAAGUUUUAUUUACUUUUUUUAAAGUUUUAAAAAACUUUAUUAGCGAUUAACUUCCUAAUAUUUCUCAAAGCUAAAUGGAAGAAGAAGAAGUGAUCUUAGUUAAAACACCAUUAGAUAGUGUCCAAACUACAUUUAAACAUGACAUUAUUAAAGAAGUCUUAAAAACAAAGUUUAAUAACCCUAAAAAUAAAAUAGCAGAUGACGUUAUUGAAUUAGUAUCGGAAAUAGCGAAAAUUUUAGUCACUGAAGCUGCCGUUAGAUCAAUUAAACAAGCCAAAGCAGAGUGUCGUAAUGCAGUAACAUUAGAACAUGUCGAAACAAUUUUACCACAACUGAUAUUGGAUUUUCCAUAAUUGUUACUUAUUUAUUAUAAGUUCGAUUUUAUUGGUAUUUUAUUAUCAGCAUUCUUGUAAUUUAAAUAAACUAUAAAUAUGCAA